CGCCCAAACCCCUCCUACCCCGACCUCCCCAGCCGCCGCGAUGGCCACCUCCGCGCGCCCGCUGGUCUCCGUGAAGGCCCUGGAAGGGGACAUGGCCACCGACUCCGCCGGCGUCCCGAUGCCGCACGUCUUCCGCGCGCCGAUCCGCCCCGACGUCGUCCGCUUCACCCACAGGCUCAUCUCCUGCAACAGCCGCCAGCCCUACGCCGUGUCCCGCCGCGCCGGCCACCAGACCUCGGCCGAGUCCUGGGGAACCGGCCGCGCCGUCUCCCGUAUCCCCCGCGUCGGCGGCGGCGGCACCCACCGCGCCGGCCAGGGAGCCUUCGGCAACAUGUGCCGUGGCGGCCGCAUGUUCGCGCCCACCAAGAUCUGGCGCAAGUGGCACCGCCGCGUCAACGUGCGCCUCCGCCGCGUCGCCGUCGCCUCCGCCCUCGCCGCCACCGCCGUCCCGUCCCUCGUCCUCGCCCGCGGCCACCGCAUCGAGUCCGUCCCCGAGUUCCCGUUGGUCGUCUCCGACUCAGCGGAGUCCAUCGAGAAGACCGCCCAGUCCAUCAAGAUACUGAAGCAGCUUGGUGCCUAUGCUGAUGCCGAGAAGGCCAAGGACUCCGUCGGCAUUCGCCCGGGCAAGGGAAAGAUGCGCAAUCGCAGGUACAUCAACCGCAAGGGCCCUCUCGUUGUCUACGGCACCGAGGGCUCUAAGAUUGUCAAGGCUUUCCGCAACCUUCCUGGUGUUGAUGUUGCCAAUGUUGAGCGCCUCAACCUGCUCGACCUUGCCCCUGGUGGCCACCUUGGCCGGUUCGUUAUCUGGACUGAAUCUGCUUUCAAGAAGCUGGAUGAGGUGUACGGGUCCCUCGAGACACCGUCGCUGAAGAAGAAGGGGUUUGUGCUCCCGAGGCCCAAGAUGGCGAAUGCUGAUCUGUCCAGGCUCAUCAACUCUGAUGAGGUCCAGUCUGUUGUGAAGCCCAUCAACAAGGAGGUGAAGCGUAGGGAGGCUAGGAAGAACCCGCUGAAGAAUGCUGCUGCGGUGCUCAAGCUGAACCCGUACUUCGGGACUGCACGCAAGAUGGCUGUUCUCGCCGAGGCAGCACGUAUCAAGGCCAGGAAAGAGAAGCUAGACUCCAAGAGGACCAAAUUAAGUGCGGAUGAGUCGUCUAAGAUCAAGGCAGCUGGAAAGGCGUGGUACAAGACCAUGAUCUCUGAUAGUGACUACACUGAGUUUGACGUCUUCUCGAAGUGGCUUGGUGUUAGUCAGUGAUCUUCUGGUCGAAGUAGCAGCUGUUUAUCAUCUUACCUUAAGAUCAGAAAAAAUGUCUUUUCUUAGUACUGUUAUAUUUUUUGUUGCUAUUGGGAGUUUCAGGCACUAGCCAUUUUGCUGGUUAUUGAGUGUUUUUCCUGUGGACUCAUCUGGAGAGACGUAGUGUAUGACUGUAUGGCAUGUUUUACAACCAAAUUUGACAUUAAUCGAUUGUUAAAUUGGGUGAUGAGAUAUCAUAUUUAGUCGUUUGCAUGCAAA